AUGGCUUCAUUCGCGGCGGCGUGCCGCAUCUCAGCCCGGCUCGCAGGCGGUCGGGCGACCUCUCGCGGUCUCACAACUUCUUCACGAUGCCUCGCCGCCCAAAACUUCACAAUGCCGGCUCUGUCUCCGACAAUGACGGAGGGAAAUAUUGCCACCUGGAAGGUCAAGGAGGGCGAUGCCUUCAGCGCCGGCGACGUCUUGCUCGAGAUCGAAACGGACAAGGCAACCAUGGACGUGGAAGCCCAGGAGGAUGGCAUCAUGAUGAAGGUCAUCUCUCAGGAUGGCAGCAAAGGAGUCCAGGUGGGCACGCGCAUUGCUGUUCUGGCCGAUGCCGGAGAUGAUAUCAGCGCCCUGGAGCUGCCCGCAGAUGAGCAGCCCAAAGCCAGCUCACAGCCCGCAGCGGCUCCAGCUUCGCAGCAGGAGGAGCCAAAGGCUGCUGCAAAACCCGCCAAAAAACCAGAGUCUUCUGCUAGCGGAACAUACGAGCACAGCUACCCGCUGCUUCCUUCAGUUGGCCUUCUCGUUCAUGAGCAUGGCCUCACCAAAGAGGACGUGAGCAAAAUCAAGGGCACAGGACCCAGCGGAAGACUGCUGAAAGGCGACGUCUUGGCCUACAUUGGUGCUAUUAACGCCGACCGACCCGCCACCUUGUCCUCGCAUUUCACCAAGCUGGCUCACCUGGAUUUGAGCAACAUCAAGGUAGCUGAAAAGAAAUCGGCUAAGGCCCCCGAGGCAUCAGAGGCCAAGGCUCCCAAAGCUGCGCCCAAGCCGGAAAAUGUCCUGGUGGAGCUCCCCAUCUCAUUGGAAAACGUAGUCCAGCUGCAGAGACGGCUCCAGGACUCCGCCGAUGUUUCCGUGUCAAUAAACACAUUCAUCUCCAAAGCUACUGCAUUCGCGAAUGGCCGUCUGCCUGUCGUGCCCCGCCAGCCAACCACGAAUGAGCUGUUUGACGAGGUUCUUGGUCUAAGCAGGACCAAGGCCAACAAAUACUCCCGGGGGUCAUAUGUUCCCACAAUCCCUGACUUCUCACUUGCGACCUCUCGGCGGACAUCCGCUAAGAAAUCUGACAUUAUUGACAUCUUGGCUGGCUCUGCCAGAAAGGCCAGCUCUCCGUCAGCUCAACGGCCCGCCCCUAGACCAGCUGCCAGGGUCAUUGCCGAAGACAUCCACACCUUCAGUCUACUUGUCCCCAAGGAAGAGAAAGCCAGGGCCGAGCUGUUUCUAGAGCGGUGCAAGCUCGCCCUGGAGGAAGUGCCCGAGACAUUGCUAUGA